AAAACACUAGUUGGGGACAGUGCAGUGAGGCCCUUCCAGGGCACUGCAGCAGCCUAUGCACCAGUGUCACAUUAUCGGACUGUUAAAGGUGUAGACUCAAGUGAAGAGAGCUUUUCUGAUUCAGAUGAUGAUACCUCUCUUUGGAAACGCAAGCGACAGAAGUGUUUCAACCCCCCUCCCAAACUAGAGCCUUUUGCAUUCGGCCAGGGCAGCCAGAAGCCGCCUUUUGCUGGAGGGAAGAAGGUUAACAACAUCUGGGGUGCUGUGCUGCAGGAGCAGAAUCAAGAUUCGGUGGCCAACGAACUUGGUAUCUUGGAAAUGGAAGGCACUAUUGACAAAAGCAGACAAUGCGAGGCCUACAAUUAUUUGCUUGCUAAGAAACUUAGGAGGGAGUCUCAAGAACAGACAACAGAAUUAGACAAAGAGCUAGAUGAAUAUAUGCAAGAUGGCAAGAAAACAGGCUCAAAGGAAGAGGAAAACGGGCAAGGUCAUCUCAAACGGAAACGACCUGUCAAAGACCGACUAGGGGACAGACUGGAAAUGAACUAUAAAGGCCGGUAUGAGAUCACAGAGGAGGAUUCUCAGGAGAGAGUGGCUGAUGAAAUUACUUUCAGGUUGCAGGAACCAAAGAAAGAUCUGAUAGCCCGAGUAGUGAGUAUUAUUGGGAACAAAAAGGCAAUUGAACUUCUGAUGGAAACUGCUGAAGUAGAACAGAAUGGUGGCCUUUUUAUAAUGGUAAGACUAAGAGCUUCAUUGUUUUCAUUUUUAAUUGUGCUUAAUAUGACUUUUUUACCAAAUAAAAUU